CGGUGUUAUGUGCAGAGAGUGGAGCAAAGGAGGGAGUGUGUGGCGGAAUGGAAGAUGACAGUGAGGAAUACUCCUCUGAACAACGGGCUCGCCGGCCCAUGAACGCCUUUCUGCUGUUCUGCAAACGACACCGUUCACUGGUCCGGCAGGAGCAUCCGCGACUAGACAACCGGGGAGCCACUAAGAUCCUGGCGGACUGGUGGGCCGUACUAGACCCCAAAGAAAAACAGAAAUACACAGACAUGGCAAAGGAGUAUAAGGAUGCGUUCAUGAAGGCUAAUCCUGGUUACAAAUGGUGUCCUGCCACCAACAAGCCAGUAAAGAGUCCUUCUCACUCUGUGAGUAACUCCCGCAAGAAAGUCUGGUCUCUUCCAACCAACCCUAGCAAGGAAUCUUCAGUUGCCAAAAAACAGCCCAAAACUGACAGCACACCCCAGCUCAACUUCGCCAUGGCUGAUCCCAAUAAGAUGGGUGGCUUAAGCAUGCUGCUUUUAGCAGGGGAGCACGCACUGACCACCAGAGAGAUUUCCUCCAGCUCUUCCCAGACAGGAUGCACAGAUGUUGCUAAGCACACUGGGAAAUCAGCCCUUUUCCAGCUGGCUGAGAUUUCUUCCAGUCCGGUGCAGCCAGCUGGGGGAAGUAAGAACGCUGAGGACACAAGCUCUCUCACACAUGUAGAGGCCUCUGGACCAUCUCAGCCAAGUUCACCAGACCUGCCCAAGAGUUGUGUGAAAUCACCCUUGUUUCAGCUGGCUGAGCAGAUCUCCUCCAGUAGGUCUCAGUCAGCGUCUGAGGGGAGGCAGUGCGGCCAGUCGGCUCUUUUCCAGCUCGCUGAGAUGUGUUUGGCCUCUGAGGCUGAAAAGAUGGAAGCUCGAUCCUCCCAGCCCUCUGGUGGUUCCUCCUCACUCUGUGCUCAGCACAGCUCAAGUAGCAGAGUCACCACAGAACACGAAGACACUCCUGAACUUCCUGUCACCACAUCAUCAUCAUCAUCAUCCUCUACCUCCGGAUCCACCUCGUCCUCCCCUACUGACACCACCCCAUCUGAUCUCAGCCCGUGUAAGACGCUGAAGAAGAAGAAAAAGAAGAAAGAAAAUAAAGACUCGGAUGAAAAUCCUGCAUUGCCCAAAAAGGCAAAGAAGCGCCAUUCGCCCGAGUCGGACCUGGACAGCGUGAUGUUCACCAUCGAAGCAGUAGCAAAAGGUGCUUGGGGCUCGGAAGAAACACCCAGGAAGAAAGCUCGUCCCUCAGGGAGUGAGAGCAGCCCCACAACGGACCAAUCUCCAGCGGUGAAGAAGAAAACAAAACCUAAAUCGAAAAAACAGUUGAAGUUAAAAGACGAUGACGCGGAGGAAGAGGAAGAAGGGGAGGAAGAGACCAAUAAACCGCAGGACGUAGAGAUGAAAACUGAGGAAGCUCCUCUGACCCCUAAAGAUGAAUGUGAGAAUGAGCCAGACAUGAAGGUGGAGCCCCCUUUUGGCGUGGAGGACACGUCACCACACUGCUCUCCUCCUCAUUCUACAGAACUGGAGGAGAAAGACACAGACACCAAACCACCUCAAACCAGACAGGAAGAUAGAGAGCAAGAUGUUAAGCCAGAGGCCUGUGGGUCCAGGAAGUCAGAACGAAGCUGUAAAGGAGCGCUUUAUAAGACUCUGGUGUCCGAAGGGAUGCUUACAUCACUGAGAGCAAAUGUAGACAGAGGGAAAAGAGGGUCCAUGCGAGGAAGUGUGUCCGAUCAUGAGGGCAGCUGGAAUGAUGAGAGCUGGGGAUUUUCUCAAGCUGCUACCAGCAACCCAAAAAAGCUCAAGAAGUCCAAGUCUAAAGAGGAAACCACCCCAGGGCUAGGAAAGCUUGAAGAGGAGUUCGAGAAAAAGUUCAACAGCUUACCGCAGUACAGCCCCCUGACUUUUGACAAAAAGAGCGUGGCGGUAACCAAGAAGAAAAAAAACAGUAUGUCCAGCCCUCCUGAACCGACCAAACCCUGCAAGGGUUCAUCUUCAUCUCAGAAAAAGACCUUAUUCCACAAGAUAGUGAACAAGUACAAACACAGGAAGGAGAAAUCCAGUGCCGCAGACAAAGACGUUGUCCCAACUGACCCAACUGUGGGUACAGAAUCAAGUCCAGUGGUGAAGUCGGGCAGUCCGUGUGUGUCUCCCUCUCCUGAACCCCAGAAGGUUCUGGAUACGCCUGUGGGCAGUCAGAAGAGGAAGGCCAGGAAGAGUAAAAUCACACACUUGGUGCGCACGGCUGAUGGCCGAGUGUCACCUGCAGUGGCAGAAGACAAAUCCAAGGAUCAGACCAAGAAUCAGGAUGAAAAGCCAUUCACUCAAGAGACAUUAUGCAAUAGGGGGGUCUGCUACAAUGACCCCAGAUCAGCGGAAGCGGACUUGACGGAUGUGCCCGGCAGCCUCCCGGCUUUCUUCAGCUUGGCUGCUCUGGCUGAGGUUGCAGCCAUGGAGAAUGUGCACAGAGCCCAGCGUGCUGUGGGCAUCCCCACUGAAGGUCAAGUGAAGGACAUGGCUCCUGUGCUGAUUUCCUGUGCGGACCAGUGAGGCCUCAGCCUGGCCCGGGACGGGUUUAGUCCGGACUGGGCUUAUGUAUGGACAUGCUGGGGCCUUAAUCUUGACCCUCGGCCUCAGAUGCCGGGGGGAAAGAGCGAACGAGAGUGAGAGAGACUGGAAAGGGAUGAGGGAAGCUCUGAGCCGGAUGAAGAUGUUUUAUCCCAGAAGCUUUCACCUUACACCCAACCCCAUCCUCCCUCCCUCUCACCCCCUCAGGGCCCUGGGGGAGCCAAUUCUGGUCCCUACGCCUGUUUCCUCUGGUGACUCCGGACCAGUUGUCAGACUUUACAAUCUGCAAGAAAUGGCUACUAUUUAAGGUCAAGUUUUGCCUACAAAAAGUGCAUUUGAAGCAAGUGCUCCCUCUCGGUCUUUCUCUAUCUUUACGUUUCUGUUCCUGGUCUGCUUCAUUGCACAAACGUCUUUUUCACACAGCAGCAUACACCUUCUCUCAGUCAGAGGAAUGUUUUGUGGCUUCCUGCACCCCUUUCUUGCUCUGAUUCUUAUGAAGAGAGAGAGAAUUAGUGUUUUCAGACUGCUUAACCUCAUACCUCACAAACCUGUUCAGAUUUGUUCUCUGCACAGAAGCACCACCUUCACCUUCAUAAUGCACAGUCGAUACCUAGAUGCCUCUUUCUUUCAAGCAAUGACCCUCAAUGUGUCUCGGUGCCUCUGUAGAUGACAGUUGUUCAGAGAUAAACCACUUGUUUUCCACUCACAGACAGCAGCGAUGUGUCGGGGGCAAGCCGGAUGUUUGCGCAAGCUGCGCUGCGGUCGUUGAGCAGGGUCCAAAAUUAG